AAAAAGCAAGGCGAACAAUAGAAAUGGAACUUGUCGAAACACAAGACUUAUAUUGUACUACAUGUGAUAAAUACAAAGACAGGGCUGAAUUUAAAGAUCAUAAUAAGAAAAAAGAAUCUAAGUUGCCCCGAACUUAUCAGGAUCAGGAUGUGGUGUAUGAACAUGUAGAAAUUGAUAGUCUAGUUGAAAGUGUAGUUUAUGCACUUAAUGAGUAUCAUGAUCUAUUAAAUAAAGAAAAUACUUUGGCAUUUUGUUUUGGAUGCAUUACAGAUGUUGGAUUAUUAGAAAU